UUGACCAAAUUAUGGAUCCAAUGGCUCUUAAUUAAUGGAUUUUUUCAGAGCAAAAUUCGAUCGGCUACUCGGCUGUUGGUUCUCAUCGUCUGCUCGUAUCUUCUCGCCAAUGUUCUCAACGUGCUGAUCACACUCUGGGAAUAUGUGGCCUUCCAAUCCACACAAACUCAGGAAGCCUAUGUGAUUUAUGAGGCCUGUACUGAUGUCAUUUCCGUAUUGUACGUGCUAGUCUGCGCAACUCGGCUAUUCGUUUAUAUUUCUUGUAAUAAAGAAAUUCGAGACGCCAUGCUGGAUCAACUUUGUCCAAAGUCGUCACAUAGGAAAAAGGCCAAGGACUGUGGAACAACAAAGUCAUGCUUAGCCGGGACCACUCGUCAAAUCGGUACCGACGUGGAUUCGAUAGCGAUUGCAAUCGCUCGUCGUCUUAUUCGUACUGAAGACGUCGCUGACGGGACGGCUGAAGAUCGUGCCCAAACCAGUCCACUCCAAUCAAUCGUCUACGCAAAUGAACAUACUCGUAACAACGAGAUUCUCUAG